AUAACCUUUCCCCAGUUGUGCUGCUUUUCGUCACUAGAUCAAGCACCAACGACUUUCACGUUGACGGCGGCGCGUGAUGAAGUCAAACCUCCAAUACUGGCUAGUUGAGCACCCAAGCAUCCUCCACUUCUCAUGGACGGAGGGUCAAACCCCUGCCUCCACCCCACUCUUCCUCAUCCUCGCCCUCCUCUCCUAUCUCUCCCUCACUCUCCUCCUCACGCGCCUCCCUCUCUCCCCCCUCAACCCCGCCCUCCUCAAACCAAUCUCAGCCCUCCACAACCUCACCCUCCUCCUCCUCUCCCUCAUCAUGGCCGUCGCUUGCACCCUCUCCAUCCUCUCCUCCCCUUCCUCCACCCUCUGCUUCUCCCCCAACACUAAUCCCACCGGGCCCCUCUUCUUCUGGGCCUACGUCUUCUACCUCUCCAAGAUCCUCGAACUCCUCGACACCCUCUUCAUCAUCCUCAGUGGCUCCCUCCGCCGCCUCUCCCUCCUCCACGUGUACCACCACGCCACCGUGCUCGUCAUGUGCUACCUCUGGCUCCACACUCGCCAGUCCCUGUUCCCGGUGGCGCUCGUGACCAAUGCCUCCGUGCACGUGCUCAUGUACGCCUACUACUUGCUCUGCGCGGUUGGGAUCCGCCCCAGGUGGAAGCGGGCCGUCACGGACUGCCAGAUAGUCCAGUUCGUGUUCAGCUUUGCGGUGUCGGGUCGGAUGCUCUACCUGCAUUUCUCCGGGUCCGGCUGCUCCGGAAUAUGGGGAUGGUGCUUCAAUGCCGUCUUCAAUGCCUCGCUUUUGGUUCUCUUCCUUGACUUUCAUGGGAAGAGCUAUGCGGGUCCAAAGGAUAAACGCUCAUGAUCCAUAUUUUAUCUGAAUUUUUCCGCGCCCAUUUCAUAGAUGCACCAGAAAUUGCAAUUUGAUUCACUAUUUUUUUUCGGGGCUUCUGUUGAGCUUUAGUGUUUGUUUUCAUGGAUGGUACUAGCAUCUUGGCACCUAACAUGUUUGCCUGCUGUGGGAUAAUGUUUCUGCAGUACACAGUACAAACUGUUUUUAUCUUUGUCUCUUUGUUAUGUGUAUUUUUGGAGGUUGAAGUUUUGGUGGAGAAUGGAGAUACAUAGAUGUCUCUAACUUGGGUUCA